GACGUCCCCAUAGAGACGAACGCACACAACGGGGCUGCCAAGAACACGAGAUUUCCUUCAUUCUGUUGCAAUGGCAUCAAAUCAGACAUUGUGUCCUGCAGGAAAAUAACCGGACGUGCGAAAAAUAUGUUUUUCAUCAUCUGACAAUUGCUAAUUGUAUUUUUUCUUGGAUUAAUGCCCGAAUCUUCUCCCGUUGCAGUUGUCAUGUAGCCAAAGGCCGCAUUGGAGAGGGUUGUGUUGCUGGGUAGGGAGGAGUAGAGCAGGGCUCUGUGUUGCCGUUCAGUUACGGUGAAAACAAAAUAUUUUUUUAUUUGAUCUACUAUCUUCCAAACCUGGAUUGCGAAUCUCUUGCACAUCUGAAGGAUGGAUGUGGACGUUUGUGCUGGUGGGGACAGCACCCGGAGGAAAGUGGAUUCAGCAGGUGAAGGAGGCACCAUGGAGAUUGUACCGCUGGAGAUGUACGACUCUGCAAGGGCGAAAAUUGAUGCGAAUCUCCGCUGGCUGUUCGCCAAAGCUUACGGUAUAGACCACGUCCCCCAGGACCUCCGGGACCCCUUCUACACGGACCAGUACGACCAGGAGCACAUCAAGCCCCCGGUGAUCCGCCUGCUCCUCUCCGGGGAGCUCUACUGCCGGGUGUGCGGCCUGGUCCUGAAGGGCGAGCAGGCGGCCACGCUGCACACGCACCAGUCGGUCAUCCAGGCGCUGGCCAGGAAGGGCAUCUACGUCCUGGAGAGCGACAACACGCCCGUCUCCAACGCCGACCUCAGCUCCGCCCCCAUCAAGAUGAGUGCCCACAUCCCCCUGAUAGACGCCCUGAUGAUGGCCUACACAGUGGAGAUGAUCAGCAUCGAGAGGGUGGUGACCAGCGUCAAGCGUUUCUCCACCUUCAGCGCCUCCAAGGAGCUGCCCUUUGACCUGGAGGACGCCAUGGUCUUUUGGAUCAACAAGGUGAACAUGAAGAUGAGGGAGAUCACAGACAAGGAGAUGAAGAUGAAGCAGCACCUGCUGGACUCUCCAAGCCACCAGAAGCCUGAUAUCAUGCAUGCGCUGGCCCAUUGCUUGUUGGAGCCAGUGGAGUUCUCUCGCGUGGUGCGUUACCGUAGAGACCACCUCACAGGGCGAACGCUGCAGCACUUCCCCCUGCUGGACGACCUCAUGAAGGACGUGUGUGACGGCGCCGCCCUUCUGGCCGUGGUGCACUUCUACUGCCCCGAGCUCAUGAGGCUGGAGGACAUCUGUCUGAAGGAGGUCCCCUCCAUAGCCGACAGCCUCUACAACAUCCAGCUGCUCAGAGAGUUCUCCAACGAGUACCUGAACCGAGCCUACUACCUGAGGCCAGAAGACUUGCUCUACGCCCCCCCAGUACUGAAGGGGAAUGUGAUGGUGUUCAUUGCUGAACUCUUCUGGUGGUUCGAAACAAUCAAGCCAGACUUUGUCCAGCCCAGGGACUUGCAGGAAAUCAAAGAUGUGCGCUCCCUGCUGCAGCCGAAGACUUCCCGCCCCCACGUCCCCAUCUCGAACGCCACCAGACGCAGCUUCCUGGUCACGCCUGACUCCCCUAUCCUCAUCGCCACGUCAUCCUCCAGUCCAGACAUCUGCAACAGUAACAGCAGAGCCAGCCCGUCAUCCAGCCCCUCUCACUCGUUACUUCCCCUGAGGCAGAGACAGCAGCAGAUGCAGGAGGACGACCUCUUAGGCCAGAGGACCAGGUCGAACUCUCUGACACGAGGGGAUGGGCAACCCGCGACUCAGGUUCAGGGGUCAGUGUUGGCCUGGCCAGAGAGGAGACAGAGACCCCUGUCCCAGCCAGUCCCCUAUGCCCUUCACUUCUCCGUGGAGGGUGAGGGGGACACCGUGAGCCUGGCUCGCUCCAUCAGCAAGGACAGCCUGGCCUCCAACAUCCUCAGCGUGACCCCCAAGCACUCGCUGGGGGGCCCCCACCUGCCCCCCGCCCCCAGCAGGUUCAACGGUCAGGGCCUUCUCAUGGGCCACGUGCGCAUCGAGGACGAGGAGGUGGACGUGGAGGAGGAGGAGCUGGUGGCCAUCAUCCACCCCGAGGCCCUGGCCCGCCGCCGGGCCCCACACUCCGAGAUGGAGCAGGAUGACCUGGAGGUCCAGACUAUGACCAGCAGGGGAGUGUCCAAGGCCCGCUCCCCUCACCCCAGCCCAAACCCCAGUCUGGGCCGGGGCCUGAGCCUGAGCCUGGUCCCAGACCAGCCCCCUGCUCUCUCCCCUGACCCCCAGACAGACGGCUUCUACCUGGAGCCCCUGAUGCCGGCGGUUCUGAAGCCGGCCAAGGAGAAGAGCGUGAGCCUGAACAAGGAGGAGGAGAGCGGGGAGAGCCGCUCCAGAGCUGCCGGCUUCAGGAGAACUACGGAGGCGUCCGUCACCCCCAGGAGAGGCCUAGCAUUGGAGCCCGAUCUCAGCCAUACCUUCACUCCCAUCCCAGGAGCCAUGCCCGGGUCUACGCCUGGCUUCGCCCCCCUCAGACCCCCCACGGAGGGCGCCGUGGGGCCUUCCACGGGGGCGGAGGCGGCCACGGCCAGGGAGCGGUCCUGCGGGUUCUUCCUCCACCUGUCCGAGCCCGGGGACGAAGGGGAGCAGGGGGGGCCGGCCUCGCUCCCGGGCCAGGCGCAGCUCCGCCACAGCCCCUACCCCGCCUGGGAGGCGGCGGGGCGCGACUCGGACUCGGAGCUGGCCGAGCUGGAGGACGACGAGGAGGAGGACGAGGAGCAGACGGAGCUGGCCAAGGAGGUGCUGAGGAGCGUGAGGGGGAAGUGUCUGGGCGAGGGCGGCGGGGUGGAGGAGGAGGAAGAGGAGAAGGAGGAGAAGGAGGAGAAGGAGGAGAAGGAGGAGGCGGGGGAGUCAGCCAAGCUGAGGGAGGACAUGAAGGUGUGCGAGCACGACGACAAGGAGGGCGGCAGCGGCCGCUCCAGCCCGUGUCUCAGCACCACCUCGUGGGCCAGCAGUGCCAGCGGGAGCGCCUCCGUCCGGAUGACCAGCUUCGCCGAGAGAAAGCUCCAGAAGGUCAGCUUCCCCGACGGCUGCUCCAGCACCAGCAGCUCCCAGAAGACCACGCCCGACGGCUCGGAGAGCGCCCCCUGCCCCCUGGGAGGCUCCUGGCGCCUGGGGCGGCUGGGGAAGGAGGGGCCUGGGCUGGGGAAGGAGGGCCUGGCGUCCGGGGUGGGGGCGGUGGCGUCGGAGCUGGUGCAGCUCCACAUGCAGCUGGAGGAGCAGCGGCGCGCCAUCGAACACCAGAAGAAGAAGAUGGAGACCUUGUCCGCGCGGCAACGCCUCAAGCUGGGCAAGGCCGCUUUCCUGAACAUCGUGAAGAAAGGCAAGAGUGACACCUUGCCCCAGCCCCUCAAACACCCUCAGAACCCCCGGGAGCAGGGCAAGACUCCGGCCAGCCAAGAUGACUCCUGCCUGGGGGUCUUCAGGGGCCAGGGCCCAGGGAAGGGCCAUGGGUUGGAGGGUCAGCGGGACAGGGACAACAGGACCAGCGUUGGUGACCCUCCGGAUGAGAUCCAGGGGAGCGAGCCAGACCUGGGCGACUGCAGCCGCUCCAUCGACAUGCUGAACGAAGCCAUCAGCUCCAUCCAGCAGCAGAUGAUGCAGAUGUCGCUCCAGCAGGACUUGUUGAUGAAGCAGAGCCUCCAGUCCCCCCCCGGAGCCCCCCCGGCCCCCGCCCCUCCCUCGGUCCCCACCCCUCCCGCCGUCCCCACCCCUCCCUCAGCCUCCGCUCCGCCCCCGGACUCCAGGGCCCGUCCGGCCGUCCACUUUGUGGAGAUCGCUGCCUCGAACCCGCCGACUACCCGCAGACCCCCCAAGCUGAGCGCUGUCCGCGGGGCCCGGACCAAACCCUCCGUGCUCAAACUGAGCAAGGAGAACGGGCGGGCGGGGUCCAAGCCCAUCACCCCCACCUCCGUGGUGAGCACAGACCCAGAGGUGCACGCCCCACGGGGCGGGGAGCAGGGGAGGGAGAGGAGGGGGGAGAGCUUUGUGAUGUACGGGGAGCCCCCCGGGGAGCAAGAGGGGGAGAGGAGGGGCGAGAGCUUUGUGAUGUUUGGGGAGCCCCCCAGGUCAUUGGAGAGAGGGAACCUCCGGAACACCACCUUCAGAGUUCAGGCGGAGGAGAAAGAGCCCGGCUCCAGAGGGGGCCUGUGUCGAACCCCCAACUUGCCCAGCUCGGACCCCUCAUCCAUGGGAGGAAGCACCACCCACCCUCCCUGUCUGGAGGAAGGCCUGGAGGGGAGAGGGAGGAGCGACUCGGGCGGAUCGCAGGAGGAGCAUGCGGACGGAAUGGAAGGGCUAAAGGGUAAAGGUCACCUGAUUGAGGUGGACCUAUCAGAGGUGAAGGACGCCUCAGACGGAGGUGGGUCAGACAUACAGGACAUGUCUGCUGACGGGGAAACCAAGUCUGGCCUGGGAUUCUUCUUCAAGGACGAGGAGAAGGCGGAGGAUGAGAUGGCGAAGCGGCGAGCUGCCUUCCUGCUCAAGCAGCAGAGGAAGGCAGAGGAGACGCGGCUACGCAAGCUGCAGCUGGAGGUGGACAGCGAACUCAAACGGGAUGAGGCCAGGCGCAAGGCUGAGGAGGACCGCGUGAGGAAGGAGGAGGAGAAGGCCCGCAGGGAGCUGAUCAAGCAGGAGUACCUGAGGAGGAAGCAGCAGGAGCUGCUGGAGGAGCAGGGUCUGGUGAAGCCCAGGCCCAGGGCCAAGCCCCGCAACACCCGGCCCAAGUCCCUGCACCGGGGCGAGUCCUGCUCUGAAGCCUUCUCCAAGGGCUCCACUACCCCUGACAACCUGAGCUGUGGUUUGGGCUCCACCCUGUCUCUGGCCACUGAGACUGAGAGUGUCACCUCCGGUGGAGCUGGGUCACAGAGGGCGGGCUCGGUGGGCUCGGUGGGCUCUGUGGAGUCCUUCCCUAUGCUGAGCAGGAACUCCAGCAGGAACAUGGAAAGAGACUGGGAGAACGGAUCUACUGCAUCCUCCAUCACAUCCACUGCAGAGUACAACGGUCCCAAACUAUUUAAGGAGCCCAGCUCCAAGUCCAACAAGCCCCUCAUCACCAACGCCAUCGCCCACUGCUGCCUGGCCGGCAAGGUGAACGAGGGCCAGAAGAACGUCAUCCUGGAGGAGCUGGAGAAGUGCGAGUCGAACCACCUGAUGAUCCUGUUCCGCGACGGCGGCUGCCAGUUCCGGGCCAUCUACUCCUUCUCCCCGGAGACGGAGGAGAUCGCCAAGUUCACCGGCACCGGCCCUCGGACCAUCAGCCGCAAGAUGAUCGACAAGCUGUACAAGUACAGCUCGGACAGGAAGCAGUUCACCGUCAUCCCCGCCAAGACGGUGUCGGUCAGCGUGGACGCCCUGACCAUCCACAACCACCUGUGGCAGGCCAAGAGGUCGGGAGGGUCGCGUAAAAAGUGAGGAGGAAGGUUGAUCUCAUGGAUGAGAAGGUUGAUCUCAUGGAUGAGAAGGUUGAUCUCAUGGAUGAGAAGGUUGAUCUCAUGGAUGAGACGAGUGAGGAGCCAAAAGGGAGGAUGAGGAGGGGGAUGAAGGCUUUUGUCCUCGUCUCACCACUAUUGGGCUGGACCCAAUAGUCUCAGAGCUAACUGACAUGGACGCAGUCAUCUUUGGGUGUGGCCUGCUGACAGGAAGGGGAGGAGUCUUAGAACACUGUGUAGGUGUAGCCUUCUGAUAGGUGGAGAGGGAAAUCUCUAUAGAAGCCAAUGUUUUAAUGAAUGAACACCUUCCAACUGAAUGCACACUCCUCAGUUAAGGGUUAUUAUUAUUUAUUUGAGCUUUCUUUCUUUUUUUCCUCUCUCUUUUCUUUGUUUUGCAUGUGGCACUUUUAUGUUUGAAAUAUUAUGAGAUUCCUGUUGGAGGACUUUUAUUUUGACCUUCAGACCGUCCUCAGCGGUUAUGAAGACUCUGACUGCCUCUCUGUAGUGAGGAAGCAGGGACAGACUGAAACACUACUGAGACUAAAUACUACAGAAGAAAGUGCAACUACUACUGACAUUGCUGAAAGUAGCCUACAAUAGCCUAUGUUUGGUACCAACGUCUAACUAGCGACCUGGUUUAGCUAUUAAACAUGCCGCAGCCUGGCCCAACCACCAUCCUGUCGCGGUCCCACAGACCCAAAACCACUGUUGUAUACGUAGCGUAGGCCUGUCCAUCCACCUUUGAAUAUUACGUGCUGUUCUCACCGUGCUUUACCAUGGGAACACUCCAAACAAACCACCGCUGGUCUUUAGGGUUUGUUUUUGUUACGGUGAGAAGGGAUGAAGACGACCCGCCUCAUGUUACGGUCCAAGUCUCAUCUGGUCUGAGUGUGUUUGUGCGUCUGUGUGUGAGCUUGUGAUAUGUUUUUGGAGGGGGGGGGGUAGGGGAUUGUUAGCGUGACGGUUUGUCUCGCUUUGAAUGUGUUUACUCUGAAUUAUGCUUUAAACUCGGGGUGCACACCAUAAAGGAUAGAGCACCACCAGCACAGUUUGUUUUGAUGUGGGAGCCGCUGUUGUGUUGUGGGGGGAGGGGGGGGUAUUUAUUCAGUGUUUUUCGAUUCAGUUGGUACAGUAUUCACUCUACAGUGCUACUGAUAACAGUGCAUCUGGGUUCAGCUCAUUAUAUUUGACCGAUAGGGUGCAUUGAUUCUACUGAUCUGACCUGGAGCUGGGACUCAGAAAACAGCCUGCUAGCUGAGGUCGACAUGCAAUGUGUCAGACCUGGGUACAAUAGCACUGCUGUCAAGUACUGUGGGUGCACUUUAUUUUUUUUUAUUUUUUUAUCCAGUACCGUGGAGCUAAUAGGACACCUGCAGAACUGGAAACGAACAAGAAAAAUCUGACACACCUUGUAAUGUAUUUAAAUCCAACUUACCUUUUAAAAGCUUUGAUCAAAAGUGUUUUCAAAGUGUUUCAUGUAACGUAUUCGACCUUGGAGGAUUUGACCCACGUCUACACUGAGGGGCAUGCUGGUCCAUCUCCACGGAGAAGCUGUUCUGCUGCUUCAGACCUGAGAUCAGAUCUGAGAUCAGACCUGACGCAGAUGUGACCUGAGCCUUCUGCCCGGCAUUCACUAAGGGCUGCUCUCAGACUAGCUCUAACGCAACAGACUUUGCCUCCAGGGAAACCGACGGCACAAUACUUGAUAUAAUUUGCUGCAUUUUGUACAUUUUGGUUGUUCCGUUGUGGUUUUGUACAUAGUACAGUUUCUGUUUACUAAAAAAGCUGGCACUAUUUGAGUUUAGUAUUCCUUUACAGGCUUUCAAAGAUUUUAUUUGUGUCUUUAAUAUAUUGUAUCAUAUAUUUAUUUUGAUGAGAAACACUAAAAUGUAAUAAAUACUACUGCUAAAAUGAAAGCAGGACUGCACUCUUCUUGCAUUUUCAGUCACUUGUGGAAAUAACCUGAAACCAAAACAAACGUUGAAAGUUUUUAUUGAUUGUUUCUUGACAAUAUAGUACUUGAAUGCACAUACGUUAUAUUUAGUAAGAAACAAUUUGAAAUGUUUUCAGAUUUUUUUUCUCCAGAGUAAGAGCGAUCUUGUAAGUUUCUACAGUUGGUGUGAAAACAAUGUUCACCACUUCAG